CAAAGAACAUGUCACGCAUUUCAUUGACGUCGAGUAGCGUCAAAGUCUGUGGUUGCUUUUACUAUUGAAUAAUUUUACCAAUCAUUUCUCGAUGUAACCACAGCUAAACUAAUGUAAACUGAAAGGUCUCAAGAGUUGGAAAAGGGAAAGAAAGAAGUAUCUGGCCGACGAAAAGCAAACAGAAUUCUUUCCAUCGCCGUCUGAUAAGCGCGACGUUUGAGUACCCCAUGAAAAGCUCUUCGAAUCCGUAUUGGAUCUAGCAGCUAAGAUCACUGGAUUUUGCUUCUUCCUAAAUCCUUUGGGAAGACUUUCUCUCGUUUUUUAAUGAAGACUAAGCGAUAUUUUUUUAAUUAGAUGGCGUUUUACAAAAGCACACAAGUUCGAGAAGCUUUUCGUCGUUCAGGGUAUAUGAACUAGUAGUAUCUGUUCUGAUUUUCAGGGGUUAAAAAUGCCCAACUCACUCUUAUUCCUUACUAUUCUCUGUGUCUUUACCUUUGUGGCUGCAAGACCUAGAAUUUAUCGGCAAGUAGGUUCUUCGCCUUGUCCAGUAAAAGAGCAGCUGAAUUCCCCGGGGACAAUCACAAGUCCAGGCCACCCGGGACCUUAUGCGAAGAACUCUACGUGUACCUGGAUCAUAGCAGCCCCAAGAGACGCAGUUGUCUGGUUAGAAUUUCUGUCCUUUGAUAUUAAGUCGGGUCCCUCAUGUGGUGCACCGAGGUGCAAAUGUGAUUAUUUACAAAUACGAGAGAUAAAAAAGACUCUCCCUAAGUUUGUUAAGAAGUUCUGCGAGGGACAUUUGCCAAAGGGUGUCAUACGCACCUCCUCGAGUAGGGUCCGUGUUCAAUUCGGAAGCGACAUAACCGACGAAGGGACUGGAUUUUCCUUAAAAUUUUGGUUUACUCUUCCUACGACCAGUCCUCCUGUAGUACAAAAUGCCACUACCAUCCCCUCUCUAGUGGUUUCUGAAGUACCAAAACAGGCAACGAAAGCGAGAAACGUGACGUCAUCCAAUGAAGUGACGUCGACCAAUGUAGUCCCAGUGGUUGCGACGCAGGAGCCAACAAAACAGACGACAAAAACCAGUGCACCUCUUAUCGUAGACGAACCCACCAAACCUGUUUCUACUCCUCCAAAACAGAUUUUCCCCGGUACACCAACCACUGAGGGCAGUUAUGGCUUCACUCCAGUACCGUCUGAAAAAUACAGCUCAGUUAGUCGCCCCAUAAAGGCUAGAAGUACACCAUUAAAGGACGGACCACCCCCCGCACCGCGGGGAAACUAUGAUGGUGGGAAUACUCGUAGUAACGUUACCGUACCUGUCGUACUGUUCCUUGAAAACAAGAAAGAAGCAAAGAAAGCCGAAGAGGAAGAGGAUCCACCCGAUGCUAUUGUCCUGGGGCCUUCAAUCCCGAUUAUUUUGAUAUUUAUUGGCGUUGUUAUGGCUAUUGCUUGGUGGAAGUUUAGAGGUGAUCAAAAAGAGCGUCUAAGGUAUUAUAAGGAGCAAAUAAGAUACGAAGAAAUAUCCAAAAGAAAAAGAAUCUUCAAAAAGAAGCAAAACAUGAGAGAAAUUCGUACAAAAAGGUUGUACAGUGACAUGACGAGAAGCUGGCAGGGUCGAAGUCAAACAGCACCUUCUCCAAUAAGCGGCAGGCCUAGGAGAACGUUCGCUGGAAGACUACUUGAAUUGGCAGAGAAGCCUGUGUCGUAUAUGAAAACUCCAAGGUCGUCCAGACCAUCAUCCAUGGUAAUACAAGAACAAGCUACUCCUUUAGUGGUAAUGAGACAGAAAAAAGACCGACCCGAGAAUGCUUCUCAUCUAGACCCAGGCAACCGUCCACCCUCUCGGCCAGCAUCAAUGCUGUUGAGGGACGCCUUGAACAUGAUAUUCGGAGCCACUCCAGCAGAACCGUCAACUGAUUCGACAAGUGAGACCCCUAAGGAAAGUGGAAGCGGAAAUACUUCCCAACGAGCAUCAAAGCGUGUCUCGUUCUACGACGCGUUGGCCGAGAAGAUGGCCGAAGUUAAAGAAGCAGAAGAUGAAGCUGGCGCCAAGACAGACGAAAAAUCCAAACUAGCGCCUCAUUCAAUACCACACAUCAUGAUACGACAGCCAAGCUACGACAGUGGUGACGAUCUAGAAAUACAUAGGAGGUCCCCAUCACCAAAAAGUUCGUCGAUCUCUGAGGAGAAAGACGAGUCAUCUUCAGGUCCAGCGGUCGACAAGGAAAUAGCUUCCCAUGACCAAACAGUCAAGGAACCUUCCAAGAAGAUUGAUCAGCAAGACGCGGCACCAGGCAACAAUAGACCACGGUCGUUUGAUAAAAAACUGGUCGAAAAGCUUGAGGACUUACAAAGGGAAGGAGACGAAAGAGAAAGGGAUUGCAAGGAAAGAGAUGAACUCGAAGAGCCAUCUACACCUCCCGUUCCUCACCAGACACCUGACCCAAGAGACAGCGCGUCUGCAUCUCCUACUGGGAAAGUAAUGAACUGUAAUGAACUCGAGGAUUUUCUUUUAAACUUGGAUAGAGAAAUGAAGGCAAAAGAAGAAGACCAACAGCCAUAGAGGUUUAGAGGCGAAUUAAUCGUGACUGGCUUUCUGAUUGGUUCCCAGGCUUCAGCGCUUUACUUAACAGAUGACGCAAUGUUAACAUCACAAGCGCAAGCCCUUGAAACAUCCACACUUUUCUCCCUUGAGUGGUUCCAAUCAAGAAUUGUGUUGAGUGGUAAUAAACUUAAGAUAUAAAAAACAAGAUGAGUCGAAAAAUGGAUAAACUGACAUUUGAUGACGACAGUGUUGCAUGUCGGGAUUGAUUACAAGUGAUACGUGACCCUUGGCUCGAUUGAAAUAUUUUGUUUUCGACUUUUUUGUACCAAUGUUAUAUAAAUAUGUACGACUGAUAUUCAACUAAUAAACAACAUCACAUUCUGCCAUGUUGGAUAAAAGAUGUGAUCACGUGAUUAUGUUGGGAAUGAACGCCACCUGCGAAUCUAUGUUCGCUAAUCUAUGGCAGGUAUUUUACCCAAUGACAUGGACGAACUAAGAGAGAAGAACUCGGUGUUACGGUAUGGCCAAAUUCCGCCAUAUUUGAUGACAAGUGUGAUCACGUGAACUGCUAUUGGUCAUUAGGAAGAAACAUCAGUGAUUGGCCGAGUUAAGAUCGAUUGACCGUGAUUUACCUCUUGAUUGAUUAAUUGAUUGAAUUUAUACUUUUUAAAAUAUUCUGAUAUCUCUUUAAGUAUAAUGUAUUUUUAUAUUGCUCGUUAAUAAAUCAUUUUUUUCAAAUGAA